UCCUUGGCGUCCCCAUCAUGGCUCGGCUCGGGCGCCACCACCACCACUACACUAGCAGCACGCCAUAUGCCUCCGUCCAAGCUAUAUAACCCGGCGCCGCUGUACGCCGCUUCCUCCAUCUGCUAGCUGGCCGGCCGGCCAGUGGAAACAGCACCCAGAGCUCGCUCGCCUCUGCCCCUGCCCCUGCCCCUGCCCCUGGCCGCCCGAGAUCCGGCAGUGCCGUCCGUCGCGCGGUCGCGCCGGCCAAAGGGAGCGACCCCUAUCCAUGGACCCCGCCGCCCGCGGUGGCGGCCACAGCAUCGCGGAGGAGGCGGCGCGGCUGUGGGCUGACUUCCCCGUGCGCGUGGACUGGGCGGCCGUGGCGGCGCAAUGCGCGUCGCUGUGGGCGCACGCGCGGGCGCUGGUGCUCGUGCCGGCGGUGCGGCUCCUGGUGUUCCUGUCGCUGGCGAUGACCGUCAUGAUCCUCCUGGAGAAGCUCUUCGUCUGCGCCGUCUGCCUCGCCGUCCGCGCGUUCCGCCUCGGCCCGCACCGCCGGUACCGCUGGGAGCCCAUCACCGCCGCCGGCAGCAACGGUGCCGCCGCCGGAGACGACGAGGAGUCUGGCGGCGGCGGCCACGGCGAAGCCAAGUACCCCAUGGUGCUGGUGCAGAUCCCCAUGUACAACGAGCGGGAGGUGUACAAGCUAUCGAUCGGGGCGGCAUGUGCGCUGGAGUGGCCGACGGAGCGCUUCGUGAUCCAGGUGCUGGACGACUCCACGGACCCCGUUGUAAAGGAUUUGGUGGAGAUGGAGUGCCAGAGAUGGAAGAGCAAAGGUGUUAACAUAAAGUACGAGGUCAGGGGGAACCGGAAGGGGUACAAGGCCGGCGCACUCAAGGAAGGAUUGAAGCACGACUACGUCAAAGACUGCGAAUACAUUGCCAUGUUUGACGCUGACUUCCAGCCCGAGUCCGAUUUUCUCCUCAGGACUAUCCCGUUCCUUGUGCACAACCCGGAGAUUGCCCUUGUCCAAACUCGCUGGAAAUUCGUUAAUUCCGAUGAGUGUCUGCUGACAAGAUUCCAAGAAAUGUCGUUAGACUACCAUUUCAAGUACGAGCAAGAGGCAGGGUCCUCGGUGUAUUCAUUCUUUGGCUUCAAUGGGACAGCUGGUGUCUGGAGGAUUUCAGCGAUCGAUGAUGCCGGGGGCUGGAAGGACCGGACGACAGUGGAAGAUAUGGACCUGGCUGUCCGUGCGAUGCUGCAGGGAUGGAAAUUCGUUUACGUCGGUGACAUAAAAGUCAAGAGUGAAUUGCCAAGCACAUUCAAGGCAUACCGGUUUCAGCAGCACAGGUGGUCAUGUGGACCGGCAAACUUGUUCAAGAAAAUGAUGGUAGAGAUUUUAGAAAACAAGAAAGUGUCACUGUGGAGUAAAAUCCACUUAUGGUACGAUUUCUUCUUCGUUGGGAAGGUUGCUGCUCAUACGGUGACAUUCAUCUACUACUGCUUUGCGAUCCCUGUGUCUGUUUUGCUGCCUGAGAUUCAGAUCCCUCUCUGGGGAGUUGUCUAUGUCCCGACAGCCAUAACCCUCUUGAAGGCUCUUGGCACACCGAGUUCAUUUCACCUGGUGAUCCUCUGGGUUCUGUUUGAGAAUGUCAUGUCGUUGCACCGGAUUAAAGCUGCAAUAAGUGGUCUUCUGGAUGCUGGUGGACGAGUCAAUGAGUGGGUUGUCACUGAGAAGUUGGGUGACACCAACAAGGCAAAGCCUGGCACCAAUGGAUCAGAUGCUGUAAAGGUGAUCGAUGUAAAGCUAACAGAACCCCUUAUUCCGAAGCUAGUGAAGAGGCGAGCAAGAUUUUGGGAGAGGUACCACUGCUCAGAACUUUUCGUUGGAACCUGCAUACUAAUGUGUGGUUUCUAUGACUUGCUUCUUGCAAAGAAGGGAUACUACAUUUUCCUCUUCCUUCAAGGCACGGCUUUCCUUGUUGCUGGUUUUGGGUAUGUCGGAACACUACCUCCUUGCACUGCAUAAGCUGUCAUGGACAACUGAUACACCUGCUUACCAGAAACUGAGCAAGCAAAGCUCCUCUCUCUUGCACAUAUGGAACUACGGAAUUCAAUGAUAGUUGAGCAUUAUUCCCAUCAGUCUUGGCCAGACAUGAUCCACUGCCAAGAAGGUUCAGAUACCAUCAUCAUUCUCCUGUCACUCUUGAUCAGAUUGAGACAACCAUUCUUUAUUGCCAAGAAGGCCAUUCAAAUAGUGUCGCCAUUUCAAAUUUAUAAUAACAGUGUUUAGUGAAGCAUCAUGACAAAAAAAAAUGAUUGGUGCAGCAGCAUUUUGUUCAAAUCUGAACAUCUGGUAGAGAUGCAGUUCACAGUCGUGAAAGAAUUGCAGCUGCUGUAAAUGGAAUAGCACUAGCUGCCAAUUUCUGUAGAUCUCCGAACUUGUAGUUUUUUUGAAUUUAUUGAUAUUACUCAGUUCAGAUCCAUAAUGGAAGAUUGUGGGCUUCCUCAGUUCAUAACUUGUGUAGGCUUAAAACUUGUAAAUGUAAAUUGUUAUUAACACUAAUAAUUUUGUUGAAUC